AGAAACCGCCCAUCACACACCCCAGCACACCAGCCCAGGAAACUUAUAACCUCGGGAGGCAGGUCCCUCCCCUCACUGUGGCCGCGUACCUCCCGAAGAGCGGACCGACCAGCAGCCAGCUCCAUCGCUUAGGGCAUCUGCCUCAGUCUCCGGACCCUCCAGAACUCUCUGCUUCCGAGCCACCAAAUAGUCAAGAUGCUGGUUUUACUGGCUGGGAUCUUUGUGGUGCACAUCGCUGCUGCUAUAAUGCUCUUCGUCUCCACCAUCUCCAACGUCUGGAUGGUUUCAGAUGACGUAGCAUCCUCCGUGGGACUGUGGAAGAACUGUACUAGUGGUGAUUGCACUGAUACCCUGACAUACGGAAAUGAAGAUGCUCUCAAGGCAGUGCAAGCCUUCAUGAUCCUCUCCAUCAUCUUCUGUGUGAUCUCCCUUGUGGUCUUCGUGUUCCAGCUCUUCACCAUGGAGAAGGGAAACCGCUUCUUCCUCUCAGGGUCCACCAUGUUGGUGUGCUGGUUUUGCAUCCUGGUCGGAGUGUCCAUCUACACUCACCAUUAUGCCCACGGUGAGAAGAACUUUACCACCGAAAACCACCAUGGCUACUGUUUCAUCCUGACCUGGAUUUGUUUCUGCUUCACUUUCAUUAUUGGCAUUCUCUACAUGGUCCUGAGGAAGAAAUAAGAUGAACAAGCUUAUGGGGACCUGGUGGGGCGGGCGUGGGGAGGAGGAAGCAGCUUAAUCUGGGAGGGAAGCAGAAGUUAUUGUGUAGGAAUAACCA